AUCAACAAUUAGCAAGAUCGAGAUAUCGAGAAUGAAAUUAUUUUUGAUUCCUUUCAAAGUUUCAAUUGUUUCUUUCCAAUUUGAUACGAGUAAUACUUGGCAAAUCUUCUAUUUCUCUCGCAGCUUUUAGCUAAUUAUUCAGUUUGAAGAACGUCGAAACGCUGAGGAGAUUAAAGAAUAUAAAGCGCGUGUUCAAUCUCCAUGUAAAUAGAUCAAGCAUUUAUACGAAAAUUGAUUUUAAAUCAGCAUGUUGGCGAGUCGGUGUAGCCGUUCAGCUUUCACAUCUGCCGAGAGUUGCUGGUGUAGUACGGUCCAGAUUGAUGAACUCAAGUAUAUUUGGAAAGUGGAUCAUUUCAGGAUUGUUCUUGCAGAAAACCCCUCAACCCUUAAAUCUCCUACAUUUUCAGUUCAUAUAAAUGAUGAUUGUCAGUGGCAUUUGGAACUCGGAAAUGUCUUUGACAUGGAGACGCUAUGUAAUGAUUCUAUAGGAUUCGGUUUACAUCUAAACAGAAAUAGCAAAUGCCUAAGAGCAUUCUCGAAAUUCAGCUUCUCCUUGUUGAAUAACGCGCAGCAUGUAAUUUAUAGUUCAAAUUUCCUGUAUUCUGAAUUGAGUAGCGAUAAAGAUAAUCUAGGCUGGCACGAUUUUGUCAAGAAAGACGAAGUUUUCUAUAAAUUGAUACCGAAUGAUUCGUUAACCAUUUCACUCCAAUUAAUGUAUUUCAAAAUGGACGAAGGAAGUUUAGCUGACAUUUUCCGUGGGUGCAAUACCGCUCAUCUCCAAAAUUAUUCCGAAAAUUUCGCAUCCAUGCUGGAGAAUCAUAAGUUUUCGGACUUCACGAUUUCAGUACAAGGAAAGGAUUACCCAGUACAUAAAGUUAUUUUAGCUGCGAGAAGUGAUUAUUUCGCCAAAAUGUUCGAAAGCGGUAUGAAAGAAAAUGAACUAAAUCGUGCAGAAAUCACUGAUGUAAAAGAAGAUGUUAUGAAUGAAAUCUUGAAAUUUAUUUACACUGGUCAGUGUGAAAACGUGGAUAAAUUAGCAGACGGCUUAUUGGCAGCUGCUGAUAAGUACGAUAUCGAUCAACUAAAGAAAAUUUGCUUAAAAACGAUUUCCAAGUCAAUAUCAGUUGAUAAUGCGCCGAAUUUAUUGGUGUUGGCGGACCUGUAUCAUGAGAAUGAAUUAAAAUCGAAGGUGAUUGAUUUUAUAUUAACUAAAACAGCCGAAAUAAAGAAUUCGAGGGCUUGGAACAACAUUAUGCCGAUGUAUCCUCAGCUACUGAACGAAGUGUGUAAUGCAGCUUUUUCACGUUUAUCUGAUGCUUCCGGCUCCGGCACUAAGUGAUGUUUUUCAGGCUGCUGAGCCUUGUUACCGCAAUUGAAGGUGAUUUAUCAUUGUUAGUUUUUACGUUUUUUACUUGAAACCUAGAUUAGUUUUUUUUUCUUGCAAAAUGUCUGAAGUCUGAUUAAUGUGAUCAUUUUUAUCCUACUUAUUACCUAGUUUUUUUUUCUAUUUUUUUAAGCUUCAGUUUUCAUCUUAUAUUUUUGCUUAUCUAUCUUAUAAAAAUAUUCCUCUUA